CAGUAAAUAUCUCUAAAUGUAGCCUCUUUAUAUAAAUAUCUGCCUUUUCCCUUUUAGCACAAAGCAGGCUUGCAUAGUUUAACGUUAAUAACAAGCUGUGUUAGUAGAGUUUGACGUGUAUUUCUCUCUUAAACUACAUCUAUCUAGUGUUUCUACUAGCUAGCUGCUGUGGCUACCAACCAUCCCUAGGUGGAUCUAGCAGUCAUAGCUGUAGUCUGUUGAUUUAUCAGGUUGUUUCAGGUGUUAAAAAGCUUUCCCAACACAGAUAGAGCCAAGUCAUGAGUGCAGAAGACUCAAACCCCGCCGCCACACCCACUCCCUGUGAAGACAGCCAGGGAGAUGGACGAUGGAUGUCUCUGCACAACCGCUUUGUGUCUGACAGCAAAGACAAAGAACCUGAUGUCCUCUUUGUUGGAGACUCUCUUAUUCAGCUCAUGCACCAGUUUGGGAUAUGGCGGCAGCUGUUCUCGCCUCUCCAUGCCCUCAACUUUGGGGUGGGUGGUGAUGCUACGCAACAUGUGCUGUGGAGACUGAGCAACGGCGAGCUCGAUAACAUCAGCCCAAAGGUUGUAGUGCUGUGGGUAGGCACUAACAAUCACGGUCAGAUUGCUGAACAGAUCUGUGGAGGCAUCAUGGCUAUUAUCCAAGUCAUCAAGAACAAGCUCCCCCAUGCCCGGACGCUUGUACUUGGUAUACUGCCCAGAGGGAAAUCGCCAAACCCUCUGCGGGAGCGAAAUGCCAAGGUGAACAUGCUGGUCCAAGAAGCCGUAUCGUCCCUCCCCCACGCCUCUUUCCUCAACGUGGACCCAGGCUUCGUCCACACCAACGGUAGCAUCUCCCAUCAGGACAUGUACGACUACCUUCACCUGACCCCUAAGGGCUACCAGGCUGUGUGCGACCCUCUGCACGCCCAUCUCAAGUCCAUGCUAGAUAAGCCUGCAGAAAACUGAGCAGCCAGGGCACAAACUUACACUACCACAGUGGUCCUCAUCCCUGUUUCCAGAGAGCAUCAGCUUAUUAACACCUUGAAUGAUGGAUAGAAUCAAUUAUUUGGGGCUAAAAGCUGCACAAAUUAUUUGUGUAACUCCUCUUCAUGGCUAGGGUUGGUGACCACUGUUACAGAUAAUGGGACCAUACAUUUUGUUUGUGUUUAUGAUACAGAAAUUAAAUUUGCUGUACUAUAGAGACAAAGUCUUGCCUCAGUUCCCGGUAAUCAUCUGUUCCGCUAGCUUUUGGUUCUCCAAGUGUUUUUCCAUAGAAGGAUUUUUUUCAUUUCUCUGCCACAUGAUACAAACGAUGAAUAUGAUAUGGGGAACUCCCUGUCUGUCAUCCAUGGGGACCAGAGCCAGACAGUGAAGUGACAUCUGAAGGGAUGACACUGGAAGACACAGUUAUACAUAAAUAAAUCCAGAUGUCUAGUAGUUAUGAAUAAAGAUUUUAAAAAGAUGCAGCAACUUUUUACAAAUGAAGAUAUACUGUAGGUUAAAAACUGUAGUUGCUGCACCUCCAUUAAAAACUUUAUUUAGAACUGUGCCCCAGAUCUCACCCUUUCACCUACAGCCCUCAUGAGACUAUCAAAUCCUAGUUUACGGACAGAUAUGUGAUAUAUGACCCUAUCUAUGACAAAAACACUGUCUGCCUGAGGCUAAUGGAACAGGAACUAGUGAAAAGAGUGAGACUUUGUCUCUUUAGGUGCCAGGAUACGUCUGGUAAAAACAAUAUGAGAUACAAGAACUGCCCUUACCAGGAAAAUGCUGUAAUUCAUCAUUUUGGUUUCUCAGUUUCACUAAGUUACAUUUAUUUGGCAAUAGCUUUAUUUACUCUGUUGUGAUGUCUGGUGUCUUUUGUAUAUGUUAAUUUGAAUGACCAAAUGUUUUUUGAUUGACCAUACCUGUUUACUUGCCUUUUAUUAUGUCACAUGUCUCAUUAAUGUCCUCGUACCUUUUUGCUUCACCUAUAGUAACAGCAACAGAUAUUGACGCGAGAGGCUGUUUCGUUGCAACCAUAGACGUAUUUGAGUAGGUUGUGAAGUUGUAUAGAUAUAUCUCAAGUUGCUUGUGCUUCAAGUUUAAUCUCAUCUGCAACAUACAUAAUGGCCAAUCAGACCAUUUAAAAAGGCUUUACUUCACACUAAAAUGCUUCUGAGCCUCUUAUAUAAGGAUUGUGCUACAGAACUUGAAUUAUGCUUCAGGAUGGCUGAUUGUGUACGUGAUGAAAGAAUGCAUUAAAUAUGAAAAAUGGU